GGUGGCACAUCAAAGGUAAACGGGCAGAGGAGACCAGAGCCUUUUGAUCAGAAAUUGGUAUCACUAUGAAUUUCUUCAGCGGUAUUAUUGUCUCGUUCAAGCAAGACAGUCUGUGGUCAUGGUUUAUUUGUGGGCUCACAACUUUGUGCGUGAUUCUGACAGUUGGAUUUAGCAGUGCUCUCGGCGUUCUUUUUCCCGUUUUCAUGAACUCUUUCGGAGAAAAUCGUGAAAGUACAGCGUGGGUAGCAUCGAUCAUACAAGGCUUAUUUUUGAUUCUCGGUCCUGUAAUGGGAGCCUUCCUCAACAAAUUUGGCUUUCGAGUUACAACAAUAGUGGGCUGCCUAUUAUGCUCUCUUGGCGUCACAUUGGGCUCCUUUGUUUCCACUAUUUAUAUGCUAUACGUUACCUUCAGCAUACCUUUUGCAAUCGGUCAGUCGCUGGUCUUCGUUUCUGAAGCAAUUAUAGUGAACAAUUACUUUGAUAAAAGAAAAUCCUUUGCUCUCGGACUAGUAACGUCCGGACAGGGAUUAGGAACGAUGAUUCUUAGUCCUUCUCUUCAGGCAGCAGUUGACAUUCUAGAGUGGAGGAGCACCUUUCGGGUGUUUGGUGGUCUUUUGGCCGUUUCAUCCCUGACUGGAGUUAUUCUUCAUCAGAGUCCAUCAUCGCAAGAAGGAAGCAUGAAUUGUUCCUCAAAAAAAUGGAGCUGGAAUCGAUCGUUAUUUAAGAAUUCGACCAUCCUAGUACUGGCCACAACAGGAACAGCUUUCAUGUUCUCUCGCCUGGUCCCAUAUGUGCAUCUCAUGAAGCAUUGUGAUGACCUUGGUAUUUUGACUAACAAGAGCUCGACAAUUUACAUGGUUAUCGGCACAUUUGCUCUCUUGGCCGCAUCGGAGGAGGAUUCCAGUGCGACUUGAAGUUCGUAAAC